AUGGCGAAGGCAGCAGUGUACGGCGACGCCGCCGCAGUCCGAACGAUCACACUGCCGCAUGGCGGCACGCUCAGCGCCGCCGCAGCUUACGGAGAUGACUCGCUGGCGUGGCCCAAUCCGGCGAGCAAGAAAGGCAACGCCGCGAGGAGGGCACUCGUGGUACGAGAGGGGGCCACCACCAGCGGCGACAGCAGCGCGAGCGUGCAGGUUGCCAAGGCCGUGGCGUUGGGGAAGGCUGCCGUCGCGCAGCUGAACUUCACGACGCGGCAGCUGUGCGUGGGCGUCGACAAGAAGACGAUGAAGGCACUGAAGAGCGCCAAGAAGAAGAGCGCAACUGUGUGGUGGAAGGGCAGAGGGGGCUCGGGUAGUGGGGGCUCGGGCAGUGGGGGCUCGGGCAGUGGGGGCUCGGGCUUCUCGUCGGGCAGCCCGUCGACGGGUGGUCAGUGCGCGCAGGUCAAGUUCUUCGGUAAAGACGGCUGCCAAGGCCCGGCGCUGGACAGCAUCGUCAACCCGCUCACGCCUGGGUCCACGUUCGCAAGCACGGAGAAAGAUAUUCUCAAGUGGGCUUCAGUGGCGUCGGUUCUCUGCGAUCUGAAAGUCAGCUCCAGCAAUCCUGCAUGUGCGGCAUUGGGGUGUGACCCUGGUGGCUCCUGUCAGGUGGAUCAGAGCAGCGAGCUUUUCUGCCAGUGGGGUGAGUGA